CAGACGCUUCCCGAGCCGGAUUACGGCAAGACGGACUCUACUUCUCGUUGGCACAUCUGGUUGAUUAUAGUUAAUUAAGGGUCAUCGGGUCAAAAGUUUGAAGAACAAAGAGGACGUUUCUUCAUCGUUAAUUUAGACAAUUUCCUCCCUUUUCACGGCAUCAAAGAAAAUGUACGGAUUGCUUCUACAGAUUUUCGUCCUCAAUCUGGUUUCAACAUCUGAGACAGACUUUGUAGGCGUGUCGAUUCAAGAGAAUAUACCAGCUGAGGAGUUCAUAUUGAAUGUUGAAAAUGAAGGGAAAAUAAGAGAUAUUCCAAAAUAUAGAAGGGAUGAUAAAAGACAGUAUACGCUAAUAGUAGAGGAUAAAAGAAAAAAGGAUUAUUUUAAAAUAGAAGAAACCACUGGUAUUCUACGAACGAAAUCUAGAAUCGAUAGAGAAGAGACAUGUGCAAUGCAUGUUCAAUGCAAUGUUAAACUCGAUGUCCUCGUUCAGCAAGUUUCAAGGACCAACAAAGCAGUGAUUAUUCUAGCUUCCAUAGAGAUUGUUAUCAAUAUUAUAGACGCAAACGAUUUUGCGCCAAUCUUUCAACCAUCCGAGAUAACUGUCGAAUUUCUGGAAUCGGAUCCUAUUAAUUCGACGAAGCUUAUCAACUCGGGUAUAGAUCGCGAUUCUCCGGAGUUCGGGAUUAAAUCCUACAGCAUACAAACAUCCGGUCCUUUUCGUCUUCGUGCAAGGCAAUUAGCACCUAGUGAAUGGCAAACUGAGCUAAUAGUAAAUGGUAUUCUUGAUCGUGAGAAAAAGUCUGAAUAUGCGGCAACAGUCACUGCAACGGAUGACAAAUACAUUGGAUCUUUAAGAAUAAAAAUAAGAAUCUUAGAUGCUAAUGAUCACGAACCAGUCUUUCAAAAAUCUCAUUACCAAGGCCGAGUUCUUGAAACUGCUGAAAAAAACCAGGUUAUUCUUACAGUAAGGGCAACUGACAAAGACGUCGGAAAGAAUAAGGACAUAAAGUAUCGUACCAAAUUCGACAAUCAAUUAUUUGGCGUCCGAGCUAAAACUGGCCAAGUUUACGUUAACGGCCCCUUAGACUACGAAACCGAAUCUCGUUACCAAUUAACGAUUCUAGCUGAAGACGGUGGCCAAACGCCAAGAACAGCCGAAUGUAGCAUUACUAUUGAUGUAUUGGACGUAAAUGAUCAUCAACCGGAAAUUACCGUAACCAAUUUGGGCUCAAACCCCUCAGAUUUAAAUAUUGAUGAAGGAAGUAGUGCGGACACAUUUAUUGCAUAUAUUAUAGCUACCGAUAAGGAUUCGGGAAAAAAUGGCACUGUUGAAUGCCAAUUGAUAGAUUCACAAAGCUAUUUUAAAUUAACACCUUUCAAAGAAAAUCAAUAUACUUUAUAUACGACGAAUCGAGCAUACAUAGAUAGAGAGUUGAAGGAUUCUUAUCAAUUAUCAAUUGAGUGUACAGAUCUGGGAAGAGAGCCUUUGAAGAAAUUGGAAAAAAUUCAGAUAAGAGUUAAUGAUAUCAAUGAUCACGAUCCGAAAUUUGAUAGUUCGGCUUAUACAAAGACGAUAAUGGAAACGAACGAAAAAAAUGUUAAAGUUUUUACCAUUCAAGCAGAGGAUGAAGAUAUUGGCGACAAUGGUGCAAUUACAUACAGCUUAAAGCAAACAGGAUACACUUUUGCUAUUCACCCUACUAGGGGAGAAAUAACGGCAUUAACAAUUCUAGACAGGGAAAAAUCACCUCAGUACCAUCUUACUAUUGUUGCUCAAGAUAAGGGUAAACCACCAAGAUCGUCGGAAGCCACUCUAACUAUCAAGUUACAAGACAUAAAUGAUAAUAGGCCAAUUUUUACUGCUUCCGAAUACGGAUUAAGCGCAAAGGAAAAUCAGACUAUUGGGACAAACUUAUCGCCUUCCCUUUUGGCUGACGAUGUAGAUUUGCAUCCUAAUAAUAUUGUUGUAUAUUCAAUUGUGGAAGAAUACGGAACGAGCUAUAAAUAUUUUAAAAUAGAUAGACAUACUGGUCAACUUAAAACCGCGGCUGUUCUCGAUAGAGAAGCGCAAGAGGAACACAUACUGGUAGUUCAGGCUUCAAACGAAGAUUAUGAUCGUCUCAAGUCGACGUGCCGUGUAAUAAUAACGGUGACAGAUAUAAACGAUAAUCCCCCUAGGAUUAUCUAUCCGACAGAGAAAAAUAACACGGUCUACCUCUCAAAUAAGACGCCGAACCCUUAUAGAAUCGGAAGGAUCAUAGCAGACGAUGCGGACAAGGGAGAGAAUUCUAGAUUAAGCUAUAGUUUAAACGCCGAAUCAGCUUAUUUCCGCCUUGACCCUGAGACAGGGGUAAUCUGGACUAGAAAUCGUUUGGACUCCAUCGAUUAUAAACUUUUUUCGAUAUUAGUAACGGUUAGGGAUAACGGAGAUCAGCCGAGGAGAGUUUCAACACAUAUUAAUCUUGUGGUUAAUAAAUCCAUUCCGUUCACGUUCGCCUCCUCCAAUUUGGUAUCCAACGGUAAUCUGACGAUAGUCAUUAUUGUUGCCAGCGUGUCUUUCGUCAUUGCCGUCCUGCUUAUAGCAUCUAUUGUAUACGUAAGACGUCAAAGUUCUGGCUCUCAUUUAGAUUCUGCAAAGUACAAUUGUAGAACAGAAACUCAGAAAAUGCUCAAGGCUAAAGUCGCCGUAGAAACGAAUGAGAUUCUGGCUGACAAGACUGAAGUUUGCGAUAAUACAGCCAAUUAUGAUAAAAUUAAACCUGAAGCAGACUUUAUAUUGGAUGUGAGCAGUUUACAAACGAAUUGGAAGCAAAUUGGCGAACAGCAACGACACUCCGAACGGUCACACCAGUCAAAGAAAAGCACCGAGCUCGAAAACCAUCUGCUACAUAAACUGGCAAGACCUGAUUUGGAUACAGAUAGUUCUUUUUCCGAUAGCGGUCGAGGUGGUAGCGAAGAAGGUGAAGAAAUUCGUCAUCCUCAUUCAACAUUUCUACCAAAGCCUCCUCCUCCUCCUCACCAAAAAUAUAACUGUAUCGGUACAGUGCUAUCUGAUUUACCUAGGAAUUUAUCUAGAGAAGAUUCUAGCGUUCGAGACGACGCAACUUCAACAACUAGCGGAAGUUAUACAGUUGACCCGGAUGAGUUGCAGCAACACAUCGAAAAUGUCUUUUUCAAAGAGGUUGCCGUAUAAUUAAGAGACACGCUCUUCCUCUUUUUAGCGUUCUUUUGACGCGUUCAGACUGCGCUAUUUUACAGACAGAAAAAAAGAAAUUUCUAUGUUCAUUUAAUAAUUUUUUAUUCAAUUUUUUUAUCAAUUGUCCUUAAAGAUACUGAUAUAUAAUUUUUGCAUAAAAUUAUUAUGUGUAUAUAUACAUAUUUACUGUAUAUAUACUGUAUUAUUUAAUGUUUUAAAGUCGUUAAUGGCUGUUCUCGUCUAGGAAAAGGUUUAAAUUAUCAAAACAUGACGUUAACAGCACUUUUUUUUACAAAUGUAAAUUGAUAUGUUUUUAAUAAAGAAAUUGUUUUCUUUUUAAUG